AUGAGCCAACAGCAACCUCGCCGCUCUUCUCGACGAAGAACCAAGACUAAUUUCAGUGACGAUUUUAUAUACGAUCAUGAUACUCUUAACUCAACCAACAACAAUCGAAAGAGAAAAAACAACCCAUCAUCCAGCUCGGACCAUCUAGAGGAAGAUGAACAAAACAACAACAUCAUAACCGAUGACCUAUCGGAAUUUAUUGUGGACGAUGAUGAUCAGGUAGAUAAUAAAUCAUCACGCACUAACAAACAAAAAAAGAAACGAAAAACAAAGAAAGAACUUGAAGAAGAGCGUAGAAUGGCCGCUAAAAACAGAGAAGAAGCACGCAUUGAACUUGAACAAAGUAAAGAAAUUGAAAAACAAAAUUUGGAAGCGUUAAAAAGAAAAUAUGAAAAUCAAAUGAAAACCGAAGACGAAUUGAAUGAACCACAACAAUCCAUGACAAUUCACUCAUCCAGUCAUGUAUCAUCAUCCUCUUCUUCUGAUUUAAAUGCAUCCAACAUGACUUCUGAUACCAAUAAUACCAAUAAUACCAAUUCAACAACCAAAAAGAAAAAGAAAAAGAAAAAACCUGUAACAAUAGAAGAAGAUGAAAGUUGUGGUUUCUCAGAAUUUGAUAGAAUUAUUAACGUGACACAACAAAAUGGUCUCGAACAACCUGUUCUCAUUCAUGGUGGAUUUUUGAACUAUCUUAAACCUCAUCAAAUGGAAGGUAUUCGAUUUUGUUGGAAAUUAAUAUCUCAAAAUAAGGGUUGUAUUCUCGCUCACUCGAUGGGUCUUGGAAAAACACUUCAAAUGGUAGCACUCAGUUAUUUAUAUGUGACACAAAAUUUGGGUAGAAAAAUUCUAAUUGUAUGUCCAAAAAGUGUCAUUUUGAAUUGGAAAUUAGAAUAUGAGAAAUGGUUAUCACUUUGUGUCAAUUCUGAAUUACCAAUUUAUUUAAUUGAUGAAUAUACUCGAACACAUGAAAAGAGAUUAGAAAUUGUUAAAGAUUGGAGUGACAAUGGUGGAGUGCUCAUUUUAUCCUUUAAUUUAUUUCAUCGAUUUUUAGGACAAUAUGGUAAACAAAAAGAAAUCGAUUCAUUGGAAGAUCAAAAACAAGCUCUCAGAGAGUAUACAGAACAACACGCUCAACUCUUGCAACGACGACGAACAAGUACUACUGCAAGUUCUUCUUCAAAUACCUCUAGUAGUACCAAUACUAUUAGUACUACCCCUACCCGUACUACUACAAGUACUACUACAAGUACUCUUAAUACUACUACCCCUGCUGCUACUACCCCUCCUCCUUCCAUCACCUCAACAACAACAACAACACACACUCUCAUUAGCCUCACUGCACUCAUCAAAGAUCUUUCUAAAAAUAUUCAAAAACAAGAACAGAAAUUGAGAGAACGUCAAGACUUUGAGAAUGCAGUCACUGAACUCAUUACCUCAUGUGAUCUAGUCAUUGUUGAUGAAGCUCAUCGAAUGUGUUCCAAUGCAGAUAUUUAUUUAAAUCGAGCACUCGUUCUCAUUAAAACCAAACAACGUAUAGCUCUCACAGGUACACCCAUUCAAAACAAUCUCAUGGAAUAUUAUUCAAUGAUUAAUUGGGUUAAGGAGUUUCAUUGGACACGAGAAGAAUUCUUUCAUUUCUUUUCCCAACCCAUUCAAUCAGGAAUGAGAAAAGAUUCAGAUUCUAAUCAAAUUGAAGAAAUGAAAAAGAGUAGUUUCUUAUUGGUUCAUGAAUUGGAGAGUUUUGUACAUCGAAAAGAUCAACGAGUAUUGAGAGAAAGUUUACCACCCAAAUACGAAUAUGUCAUUUCAUUUCGAGUCACACCUCUUCAAGCCAAAUUAUAUCAAGCCUUUGCAGAGGCAAGAAUGGCUGAAGAAGAACGAAAUGGCGGUAAUGGCAGUGGUAUGGGAAGUUCUCACUUUUUCAAUCCUCAACUCUUGACACGUCCACUCACCACUGAAGAACUUGCAAAACAGUCCAAAACAUUAUUCUACUUGUCUGUACUCAUGAAUAAGAUUACCAAUCAUCCUGAUUUGGUACUUCUUUAUUGUCAUAAGAGAGGACUCUUUGACAUGUCCGAUUUGGAACAUCGACGAUGCCAUGGCAAUGGUGGUGGUGGUGGUAGUGGUGGUGGAGUCUUUCUCACUCAUCAAGAUACUGAACAAUUGAAACAAUGGCAUGAACAACAACAGCAAAUGCAACAACCGCCGCAACAACCACCAAUCGAAGAUGUUACUUUCAUUCCACCCAAUUCUCAGCAACAAUCCAUCAAAUCUCAUGAAAAUAAGAAUGGUGUUACUGCUACUACUACUACUACUACUGGUAUAAGUGGUGGUAUUAGUGGUGGUGGUGAUUGGACUCGACUAAGAGUAAACCAGUCAUCAUCAUCAUCACCUCGAACACCUCUCAGUACCACCACCAUGAUGGGUGGUCAAAGAAAGAAGAGAAUGACCUCUCCUCAUACUGGUAGCAGUAAUAGUAGUUGUAAUAGUAGUAUUCAUAGGAAUAGCAGUUUGAAUAUCACGUCAUCCCUCAUGAAACAAGAAUCUUGUUCAUCCUCUCGAUCCUCAACACCCAGCAUUGUGAUUGAUGAUGAUGAUGAAUUAUUGAAUAUGGAUUUUCUGAGUCCACUCACCCCAAAGAGUGAAUCAAAUACAACAAGAACACCACAAGAUCUUGUGCAAGACAUUCAACCAUCAAGGAAGAGUGCACUUGAACAAAUUAUGGAAGAGACUUGUAGAACCAGUAGUAGUAACAGUAACAGUAGUAGUAGUAACAAUAGUAGUAACAAUAGUAGUAACAAUAGUAGUAGUAACAAUAAUACUAGUAUAACAACAACUACCCUAGAAACAACAAUAAGAAAUCAUCAUGACAUGCAUGAUUCUGAAAUUGUCCUCAACCAUCCACCACAAGACCUCCCGUAUGAGGACACUCCUCAAGAAUUACAUUUCUACUCUUCACAAAAAAAAAAGAAACACAAAAGUUCACUCGAUACAGACAUGGAUGAUGCACAAAUGGAACAAGAAUUUGAUCAAUUCAUGGAACAAGCUGAACAUGCAUUUGAUGCAUCAUCGUUGUUUUGGGCAGCACCUGUUCUCUCACCCGAUUAUCAACAAGGUGAUGCUAAAAAGAGUGCGAAAAUGGAAUUUCUGAUUCGACUCAUUGAAAAGUGUUAUGUACAUGAUGAAAAGAUUCUAGUCUUUUCACAAUAUACAGAGACAUUGAGUGUCAUUGAAAAAGUAUUUUCAAAAACACCACUUGUCAUUGGAACUGAUCUCUCUCAACAACCCAUUGUAAAAGUGUUAAAAAAAGGAGAAGAUUAUUUUCGAUUGGAUGGAAGUGUAAAUUCUAAAAAGAGACAAGCCAUGAUUGAUGCAUUUACACCAGAAUCUCAAGCUCAUGUCUUUUUAAUUAGUACCAAAGCAGGUGGAUUAGGAAUUAAUUUAACUGCUGCUACACGAGUAGUUAUUUAUGAUGUUUCAUGGAAUGAUACUUGGGAUAAACAAGCCUUAUUUAGAACGUAUCGAUUUGGACAAACAAAACCAGUGUAUGUCUAUCGAUUAGUCACCUAUGGAUCUGCUGAAGAAAAGAUUUUCAAUCUAAGUACAGCGAAAGCAUGGCUUGCAAGAAGAGUUGUCGAUGAUCAAACACCUGAUUUAUUUCUUAAGAAGGAUGAUUUGGAAAUUAUUAAGCAAGCUAAAAGAAUUGAAGAAACACUCACAGACAAGCUCUUAUUGAAUCCUAAAAGAUAUCAAGAUGAUGAAAUUUUAAAAGAAUUAUUAGGAACUCAUUGGACCUAUGAUUCGAAAAGUGAAGAAAUUGAUCCAUUGAGACCUGUUCAUGUGGAUGUCUCUGAUGAACAAUGUUCACACAAUGAUGAUGUAAAGAAUCAAGAUUUGAUGAACAAGAAUCAUUCUAUGAAUCAUACGACCAGUAGUAGUUCUUCAAGUAGUCAUUCAAGGAGUAGUAGUAGUAAUUCAAAUAAUUCAAUGAGUUCAAGUCAUUCAAUGAGUAGUAAUUCAAGUCAUUCAAGGAAUAUUUCAAAUAACGAUAAUACAAAUACACCAGAGGAAUCACUCACAACAGGAGAAUUCAAUGUAGAACGAAAAAUCAAAACCGUCUAUCCCUAUGAUUCACUCUUUGUUGAAAAUGAUAAUUUGAGAUUACAAGAAAAUGAACAAGAACAAACAUUUACCAUUUAUGAAGAGAGAAGAAAACAAGUUCGAGAAAAUCCAAGUAUUUUAUUGAAUGCACUUCGAAACACAAUGAUUGAUGGAAAUGAUGAUGGAAUGAUGUCCAUGAUGUUGAAUGGAUUACCCAUGAUGGAUCAAAUUCUUCAUAGCGGUAGUAGUAUCAAUGCUGGUGGUGGUUUGAGUAGUAGUGGUAGUAGUGGUAGUAGUGGUAGUAGUGGUAGUAGUAAUAGUGGAUGGAUUCCUCCAACAUCAUCAUCUUCUCAAGAUACUUCUCGAUUGUCCAUAUUGGCAAGAUUACAACAAUUCAUGCAAGCUCGAGAGGAUGAAUCCGUGGUGUACAGUGCAGAAGAGAGGAAUGCUACAUCUGCCUUGUCAGAUAUUUGGUCUAGACUGUCCAAUAUGUAUUUUCGAACACAGCUGGCUCAUGAGAGUAAUACGAGUAGUAGUAGUGGCAGUGGUAGUAGUAGUAGUAAUAUUCGCAGCAAUAGCAGUAGUGGUGGAACUAGCCUUCCCACAGCAUCCACACAACAACAAACACCAUUUUCUCAAACUCAGACACCACAACAAUUUUCACAACCAACAGCAAACACGUCAUUGGGGAUCAUUGGAUCAAGCAGUAGUAGUAGUGCAGUACCGCAACAGCAACACUCAUCACUUCCUUCAUUCUUUUUCAAUUCAACUGCUUAUACGAACUCUACUAACAUGCCACCUCAACGUCAAGCAUCUUCUUCCUCUCCACCCAACCACACACCUGUAAUUUCUCUGAUCGCUGAUGACGAAUCAAUGAUGCGACCACCACCUUCUCAACAACAAUCAAGGGUGUCAUCAUCUAUGAAUUCCAUGCAAAACAUCAUUUCCAUACCUGAUGACCACGAAGAAAUCUCACAUGUAACUACACAAAGAGAAACCAUAUUCAUCGAUUCAGAUGAUGAAGUUUUAUAA